GAUUCUGGUCUCUCAAUCUGGUACAUCUCACCCCACGAUUACGAACCGAUUCACUCCCCCGCUGCUACAAACGCCCAAAAGCUCGCCCGCCUCGCUGACUGACCACAGUUCGUGCGCCAUCGACUCCGUCCUUUAUCUGAUUCCAUGGAGCGCGAGCUGUCGCAUCGUCUUUGUGAUCCUUAUGCCUCGCCCUUGAUUCUCUAGAAAUCUUGUGAGCUUUUCUUUUUUCUCUCCUGUUGACUUCCAUUUUCCACGAAUCGGAUGGCUCGGUUUCAUGGGAUUCUGCUCUUCUCCGCACUUCUCUGUCUCGUUCGUGCUCUAGACGCUAGCACUGGUGACGCUGAUCCGGUUUACAGGGCUUGUGUGGACCAGUGCCAGAAAACUGGUUGCGUAAGGGAGAAAUGUUUCCAUCAUUGUAAAUUCUCAUCUGAUGGAAAAUCUAUUGAUGGUCCAUGGUACCUGCAAGAACCACUUUAUCUGAGGUGGAAACAAUGGGACUGCCUCAGUGACUGUAGAUACCACUGCAUGCUAAGUAGGGAGGAAGACAGAGAGCAGCUUGGACAUAAGCCUGUCAAAUAUCAUGGGAAGUGGCCAUUUCAGCGUGUUUAUGGGAUUCAGGAACCUGUUGCUGUUGCUCUGUCUGCCCUCAAUCUUUCUAUGCAAUUUCAUGGCUGGCUAUCCUUUUUCAUCCUUUUAUACUACAAGUUACCAUUGAGGCCUGAUAAGAAGUCUUAUUAUGAGUAUACUGGUUUGUGGCAUAUCUAUGGGAUUUUAUCCAUGAAUUGCUGGUUCUGGAGUGCUGUUUUUCACAGUCGAGAUGUGGAAUUGACAGAGAAGCUAUAUUAUUCAUCUGCUGUGGCCUUACUUGGGUUUAGCCUGAUUCUGUCAAUACUGCGAGCUUUUGAUGUGAGAGAUGAGGCUGCAAGAGUUAUGGUUGCUGCCCCACUGAUUGCAUUUAUGACAACCCAUAUCUUGUAUCUGAACUUCUACAAACUUGACCAUGGUUUGAACAUGAAAGUGUGUGUGGUCAUGGGUGUCAUUCAUCUUCUUGUAUGGGCAAUCUGGGCUGGCGUCACUCGCCAUCCAUCCCGCUGGAAGUUGUGGUUGGCGGUUGUGGGGGGAGGCCUUGCAAUGCUGUUGGAAACUAAAGACUUCCCACCCUACCAAGGAUUUGUUGAUGCUCACGCACUUUGGCAUGCAACCACCAUCCCUCUUACAUACUUAUGGUGGAGUUUUAUCAGGGAUGACGCAGAGCAUAGGACAUCAUCUCUCCACAAGAAGAUGAAGUAGCAUAUCUGAAUCUAUUGCCUGCACUUAUCAGCUGGUGGAUGCAUCAAGUACAUGACAUGCUCACUCCUCUGUUAAUACAUUGGAAUGUACUCUCUUCUUUCCUUCCUGAGUAUGCAUUUCUUUGAAGUGCUUACCAUAAUGUGUCCCCUUGUUUUGCUUUUUGUUUGAUAACAACCAUUUUUUUUCUCCCACAUGAAUAUGUGGGAUGUUUAUCUGUGAUGGAGUUUACAUUUCCUGUUUUUUUUUUCUCCCCCUCUCUUAGAAAUUUCAUAGCUCUAGAUGUAUAAGAAGCAAACAACCAUUGCCACGUGUAUUUUACUGUAAAGAAAUUGUGUAGCCUUGCUAAUUUA